CCCUGCUCGGAGGAGCUCUUCUGGUGGGGGGAGGGACCUCCCAAAAACACAAGGCAGCAGCCGCUGGCCGCAGCUUUGUGGUGGCUCCGGAGAGCCUCAGCGACGGCAGCGAGGGAAAGCAGCGAGACGGGUACAGGGGUUGCUUUGCUGCUUGUGCUUUGCUGCUUUUGUCACAACAAGGCGGUAUGUCGCAGGGGAAGAGGAUGGAGCUGCACCCGUAAGCAUGGAGAGGUGCCUGAACAGUGCUGGCAGAGUUGGGUGACCAGGUAGGGCAGGGUGUACAUCAGGGGCCCCGUAUGAACUGCACAGCCAGCUGGCACCGCACGGGCUGCCCCGCGGCACAGCUGCUGGUGGGCACGGGAAGGAAGGAAGGGGAACCACCUCAGCUGAGCCAGAGAAAGAAACAGCGUGGGCCCUUCACUCGGGCUCGGCAGCGGCAUGUGCUUGUCCUGCCUUGUUAUGUGCAUGCUGUAAUAAAAUUUCCCCUUUAAGGCUGGGCUGAAGUUAUUUUUACUUGUGGGCUGGUGACAGGAACACAGAACGGAGCAGGAGCUCUGAACUGUUCUUACCUGAUCUGUGGCGGAGGGGCGGACGGAGGAGGAAGGAAGCUCAGAAAAGGAGAGGGAGCGAGAGAACGAAGCUCAAGGGAGGGGAAAAUAAAGCAGGCAGGGCAUCCCUAGGGAGGGACUAGGGAGGGGACCAGCUGGGGAAACUGAAAAAGAGGGAACGAGGGAGGGAAGAAGAGGAGUUAGGAGGGAGAGGUCCUCCGGGAAAAGCAAAGUGGCUCCAGGGAGAAGAAGGGCUGCAGGCAUCCAAUGCCAAGAAUUACCGAGGGGAGCUGAGCGGGUACAGCCAAGCAGAGCAGCUUUUGUGGUCUCCUCCUGACUCUCAAGAUGAUGAAAAGACAGUUCAAUCGAAUGCGCCAGCAGCUGUCCCAUCCCAACGCCACUAUCAGAGCCCAAGAAGCAACUGAGCUCCUGUCAGAAGAUUUGCUGCAGAUUGAGCAGAGGAUUGAGCCGGCCAAGCGAGCAGCUCACAGUGUGUCCAAGAGGCUCCAAGCCUGCCUGCAGGGACAGUGUGGCUCUGAGAUGGACAAGCGAGUGAAAAAGCUGCCCUUGAUGGCUCUGUCCAUGGCGAUGGCUGAGAGCUUCAAGGAACUGGACACAGAGUCCAGCCUUGGGAAAGCCCUGGAGAUGGGUUGCUGCAUACAGAGCUCACUGGCCAAAAUUGUGGCUGAGUUUGAGAUUGACCUGGAGCACUACGUCCUGCAGCCGCUCAACAAGCUCAGUGAGGAGGAGCUCCCCACCAUCCUGAAGCGCAAGAAGACCCUCCAGAAGUUGAUUUCUGACUGGAAUACAAUCAAGAGCCGGCUGAACCAAGCUGCCAAGAGUUCCAGUAACAGCACUGGGGCUGGUGCUGGCCCAGGGGCAUCUUCUGCCGCCAACAAACUGGAGAUCUUGAAGGAAGAAGAGGAGGAGGUGAAGAGGAAGGUGGAGCAGUGCAAGGAUGAGUACAUGGCUGACCUCUACCACUUCUCCACAAAAGAGGACAUCUACGCCAGCUACUUCAUCAAACUAUUGGAAAUCCAAGCCCAGUACCACCGGCAGUCACUGGAAUCUCUGGACUCAGCUCUAGCAGAGCUGAGGGAAAGCCACAGACAGACAGAGCCUUCCUUCACAACAGACACCCCAGUGGCAGGGUACUACGGUGUGUCCCUAGAGACACAUCUCAGGAGCUUGGGCCGGGAGAUUGCGCUUCCCAUCGAAGCCUGUGUCAUGAUGCUGUUGGCUUCCGGCAUGAAGGAGGAGGGACUCUUCAGGCUGGCAGCAGGUGCCUCAGUGCUGAGGAAGCUGAAGAGUAGCUUGGCCAGUGGCUCCAAUGCCCUGGAGGAGUUUUACUCAGACCCCCACGCUGUGGCUGGUGCAUUGAAAUCCUACCUGCGGGAGCUGCCCCAGCCUUUGAUGACCUUUGAACUCUAUGACGAAUGGGUCAAAGCAGCCAGGGCUACGGCCAGCACGGGCAGCCAACACUGGCCAUCCUCCUUGUCCACUGUGUCACCCUCUGCCACAGGGAACAGGCUGAGCUCUCUGUUCCUCCUUCUCUCUUACAGCCUAAAGGACAUUGACAGCCACGUGCAGAGCCUGCGAGCCACCUGCAGCCGCCUGCCCCAGGACAGCUACAACAAUCUCAGGUAUCUGAUCAAGUUUUUAGCUAAGCUGGCUGAAUACCAGGAGGUGAAUAAAAUGACCCCCAGCAACAUUGCCAUUGUGCUGGGCCCAAACCUGCUGUGGUCACAGCAGAGCACAGGAGACCCCAUGCAACUGGACUUGGCCUCAGUCUCCUCCAUCCAGGCUGUGGUGGAAGCCCUGAUCCAGAACGUGGACACUCUCUUCCCUGGAGAGGUAGACUUCAAUGUCUCAGGCAUGUUCAUGCCGCCCACAAACACCGGACUUUCCAAGGCUGUCCCAGAGGAAGAGCCAACUCCUGCGACCCCUCCAGCCAGCACCCCCACCCUUUUAGAUGGAGAGGCCACCUCUAGGGACCCUGAGGCCAGGUCCCAGCCAGCAUCCCCAGGACUGCCCAGGCCAUCUCCUGAAGCUGCAGGGCCACCAGCUCCAGUGAUGACUGACAACACUACCCGCAAAGGACAGGAGCUGGGCAAGGAGCAGUUUGUCCGACCGGCUGUCUGCAGCCCACUGUACCCUUUGGAGACACCCCAGUGGAGAGGAGCCCAGCCCACCUCAGCUUUCUUUCCAGGCAAACGCCCAGCUCCGGCCCGCCCCGCAGCGCCACCACCGCGCGUGGCACAGCCCCGGAGCUCAGCUCCUGCCCCGGCAGCCAGCCCCAAGGCCCUGCCGCGCCGCACGGCGCCCAGCCGAGCCCCCUCCGUCCCACCACCGCUCCCUCCACAGCCAGCGCCCCGCCACAGCCGAGAUGCCCUAGGAUCCCCCAAGCCUUCCUCUGGUGAGGCUGACGCAGCGGCUGCCGUGGACUGUGUGCCAGGAACCACAGAGGAGGGGCAGCCACUGCCUGCAGGAGGAAGCCCCCUGGCCACAUUGGCCCCAGAAGGACAGCCCACAGAGAACUGAACAGGGUGAGAGGCAUGGAGGAAUCACAGGUUGGGGAGAUGGGAUCUGGCACCUCUCUGGGACCCAGGAGACACUGUGGAAAUGCCAGGGUGGCCUGAGGGAUAGCAUCUCUUGGUCCUCCACCUUGUUCCCUUGGCUCACACCACCUGGCAUGCGUUGCCUGCCUUCUCUCGCUCCCCCGUCUCGGUCUCCACCUCUCCACACUACCAUGUCCCUGCCAGAGCCCAGCCACCACAACCCUGCCCAGAUCCCUGCCCUGAUCCCCGCCCAGAUCCCCCACUGCAGGCCCAGACACUGUUUGCAGCUUUUGGGCCAGCACAGGCAGCUUAGCCCCAUGGGGCCAUUCACAGAUGCUCAGCCAUGAUCCCAGCCCCAUUUUGCCUUAAAAUGCAUUGCCACUGGAACACACAAAUGCAUAUAUAAAAAAAUAUAUAGAGA